AUGUCAUCUGACUAUUCAAACGUCAAGGUUGGGGCUCUCAAGUUGAAAGGGAAGAAAAAUAUUUUCAAGGCCGAAAGAAAGAAAAAGUCAAAAGGCGAUGCCAAUGCACAAAUUGAUGAAGAUGCAAUCGCUCACGGUGGAUGGUGGAUGAUCAAAGAUGAGGUUGAUUUAAAGGGCGGCAUCCACAUUUCAUUGGAAUCAGGAAAUGGAAAUCGAUGCUAUUUGGCUGCUAUGGACAACGGACGCUUUACAAUUGGUGCUCCGCAUACAGAAGGAGAAGGGCCCAAUCCUGAAGAAGUAUUCGCUCUUGUAAGAACUCCCGAUGAGCAGAAAUUCAGUAUGAAGACUGGAUAUGGAAAAUAUAUUGGCAUUGAUACUUCCGGCCAACUUGUUGCGACGGCAGAGGCAAUUGGAACGAGAGAACGCUUUGUUGCUGUGUUUCAAGACGGUAAAUCAGCCAUUCAAUCUGUCAGCAACCCCCUGUUCCUUUCAAUGAAACCAGACAAAGAGGGCUAUGUUUUUGUUGCAAGUCGAACAGCUUCCGAAGACGAAAUGAUAAAUAUUCGUACUGAUGUUGAGAGAACUGGCCCCGUUGAUUGGCGUCCAGCUGAAGACAAGCAAAGUGCGCGCGAGUGCGAAACUUCUUAUGUAAAAAUGUUUCAACACUCGAAAGUUGAUCUCAAAGGUCGGCAUGUUUCAGUUGACAUCAACAACAAGCAAGCCGUCAAACGAGCACAGAAAGACGGUGAUUUACACGAGCUCCUACUUGAGAGGAGAAAGAAAACAAAGAGUGAUCGUUACUGU